UUUUCUUCUGAUGAACGCCAUAGUAAAAAUAUUUUAUUCUUGAAAGAAAUAAUUUGCAAAUGGUUUAUUUUUACAUUAAAACACUUAUGUUUCAGAGACCUUAGCCACAAUCAAAUUGCCACGAUUGGACCAAAGACACUCAGAGGAAUUUCAUCUUUAAAAUAUUUAUUACUUGACAACAAUGUGUUAACCUGCAUCGAUGAAGCAUCAAUACGAGAGUUGAAGGAUUUGGAAAUACUAAUGUUGAACAAUAACAAAUUAACAACAUUAGGGAAGGAAAUGUUGAAUGGCUUUUCGCAUUUGCGGACGUUGAAACUGGUGGACAACCCAUUGUCCUGCGAUUGCCACUUAGCCUGGCUCUCUCGGCAUUUAAAAAGUUACCCGAGACUUGGCCAGCACACAAAAUGUGCCUCUCCAAUUCAUUUGAAGGAUCGAAAUAUCGCCGAUGUACAGGAGCACGAAUUCAAAUGUUCCGGGCCGGUUGAGCGUACGGGAUCCGAGUGCAGCGCAGAACCGCAAUGCCCGCAUCCUUGCAGAUGCGCUGAUGGUAUCGUCGACUGCAGGGAGAAUUCUUUGACGAAAGUGCCCACUCAUCUCCCGGAGGACACGACCGAAUUACGUUUGGAGCAGAAUCGUAUCACGGAAAUUCCGCCCAAGGCUUUCUCCCCGUACAGAAAACUGCGUAGAAUCGACCUCAGCAACAAUCAAAUUAAAAAGGUGGCGGCCGAUGCGUUUCACGGGUUGAAAUCGUUGGAAUCACUAGUAUUGUACGGAAACAAAAUCACCGAAUUGCCUAGCGGAUUGUUCCAAGGAUUGACCAAUUUGCAGUUACUGCUGCUGAACGCGAACGAGAUAUCCUGCAUACGAACCGAUCUGUUCCGAGAUCUGACCAGCCUCACUCUGUUGUCCCUCUACGAUAACAACAUCAGAUCCCUGGCCAAUGGAACUUUCGCCAAUCUACGAAGCAUUGAAACGCUACAUUUGGCAAGGAACCCGUUCAUCUGCGACUGCAACCUACGAUGGCUGAACGCGUAUCUUCACGCGCAUCCCAUCGAGACGUCGGGAGCCAAGUGCGAGUCGCCGAAGAGGGCGCAGAAGCGGAAGAUCGAUUCGAUGCGGGACGACAAGUUCAAAUGUAAGGGCGACGAGGAGCUCUUGACGAAGAGAGCAGGCGAGUGUAUCCUGCCUGGAGAGUGUCCAGAUCCAUGUGUUUGCAACGGAGCAACCGUCGAUUGUUCGAACAAGAAGCUGACUUCCAUACCGAAGGAAUUGCCUAUUUACACGUCCACCCUGCUGUUGGCCAACAACGAGCUGGAUAAGAUCAAAGCUGAUGGCCUGUUCGAGAAGUUGCCCGAGUUGCAGCAUUUGGACCUUAGGAAGAACAAGAUAUCGCGCAUCGAGGCAUCCUCGUUUCAGGGCGCUCACAAGCUAACCGAUUUAUUGUUGUCGGAGAACAGGCUGAGGGAGGUUCACAACAAGAUGUUCACCGGGCUGACGAAUCUUAAGACCCUGAACCUGCACGGGAAUGCCAUAACCUGCGUUAUGCAAGGCUCGUUCGACGGAUUGACGCAUAUACGCACCAUCAACAUGCAAGGCAAUCCUUUGUCGUGUAAUUGUCAUCUCGCGUGGUUCGCCGGAUGGCUGAGGAAACGCGAAACGCCGCUGUCCGGCGUCGUUGGACACUGCCACGACCCGCCAAGAUUGAAAGAUGCGAUCGUCAAAGAUAUCCCUCAUCACGAGUUCAAAUGCAACAACGACAGCGUGGGUUGCCUGGGAGACGAUUACUGUCCACCCCAAUGUAAUUGCGCCGGCUCGGUGGUGAGAUGUUCGAGAUCUCAGCUUACGGAGAUUCCACGUGGGAUUCCGCCGGAAACCACCGAACUGUAUUUGGACGUGAACGACAUCAAGACGAUCCAGCCAGAGAGGCUGAACCACCUGAGGAUUCUCACAAGAUUGGACCUGAGCAACAAUCAGAUCGGAAUGCUGUCCAACGAUACCUUCAGAAAUCUCACCAAAUUGUCCCAUUUAAUUAUCAGCUACAAUAAGUUACAAUGCGUCCAACGUAACGCUCUGGCCGGCUUGAAAUCGCUGCGGAUAAUGUCUCUGCACGGUAACGACAUAUCGGUGAUCCCGGAGGGGGCGUUCGAGGAUCUUCAAUCUAUAACCCACCUCGCUCUUGGGUCCAACCCGCUCUACUGCGACUGCAGCAUGCGAUGGCUGGCCGAAUGGGUGAAAAAGGAUUACGUGGAGGCAGGUAUAGCGAGAUGUAUGGAGCCCCCAGCGAUGAGGGACAAGCUGUUGCUCACGACACCUGCGACCGCAUUCCAAUGCAAAACCAACCAACAGCCAGCCGAGGUCUUGGCCAAGUGCGACCUGUGCUACACCUCGCCAUGCCAGAACGGAGGAUUUUGCGAGGCGCUCCCGGACCGGAAGUUCCGUUGCAAGUGCGCGCCAGGAUAUCAUGGGGACAGGUGUGAACAUAAAAUUGACGCGUGCUAUGGAAAUCCUUGCGGGAACACCGGAACUUGUAAAGUAUUGGAAGAAGGAAGAUUCAGUUGCGACUGCGCCCCCGGGUACAAGGGACUUCGAUGCGAGAACAACGUCGACGACUGCGAGGACAACAAGUGCGCGAAUAACUCAACCUGCGUCGACCUCGUACAAGCCUACAGAUGCGAGUGCGCCCCAGGAUUCAUGGGCGAGUACUGCGAGGAGAAGAUACCCUUUUGCACAAAAGGGCACGACCCCUGCGAGAACGGGGGCCGGUGCGUCGACCACGGGACCCACUAUAGCUGCGAAUGCCCAAUCGGCUUCACGGGGCUUAAUUGCUCCACCAACCUGGAUGACUGCGUUGAUCAUAUGUGCCAGAACGGUGCUACUUGCAUCGACGGCAUAAACAAUUACGAGUGUAAGUGCGCGGCGGAUUAUACGGGGAGAUAUUGCGAGGCCGCACCAUCGACAGUCAUGCUCUACCCGCAAACUAGUCCGUGUGCGCACCAUGACUGUCAGCACGGUGCUUGCUUCCAACCUGCUCCCGCCUCCGCCGCGGACUACCUUUGCCAGUGCCACCCCGGCUACACCGGAAAACGAUGCGAGUACCUGACGAGUUUGAGCUUCGUGGACAACAGCUCGCUGGUCGAGCUGGAGCCGCUACGCACGAGGCCUGAAGCGAACGUGACCAUCGUGUUCACGACCACGCAGGAGAACGGGGUCCUCCUCUACAACGGGCAGAACGGGGAUCACAUAGCCGUCGAGUUGUUCAACGGCCGUGUAAGGGUCUCGUACGACGUUGGCAAUUAUCCAACAUCGACGAUGUACAGUUACGAAAUGGUCGCCGAUGGUAAGCCUCACGUGGCCGAGCUUCUCGCGGUCAAAAAGAAUUUCACGAUGAGGGUCGACAAUGGUGCGGCUAGGAGCAUUAUCAACGAGGGUCCCAAGGAGUACCUGAAACUCGUCACGCCUAUGUACGUUGGCGGCGUCGCGCCGGAAGUCGCCAACAUCGCGUUCACGGAGUUUCAUCUGCGGAACAUCACCAGCUUUCAAGGCUGCAUCUCGGAGAUGUGGAUCAAUCACAAGUUGGUAGACUUCAGCAAUGCAGCGAAGAUGCAUCGCGUAACUCCCGGAUGCAUGUCAAACGAGGAAGAAGCUGACGAGGCACGGGACGUCGUGGAAGCGGAAGGAAUUAUGGGCAGCAGCAGCAACGAGGAAUCAUUGCCGCAAGAGAGCAUGGCUCACGAGCAUUCCGACAUCGUUAUGACGGGGCCUGGCACGAUAAUUUCCGAUCCGUGUACGGGACACGAGUGCAGGAAGGGGUCACAGUGCGUGCCAUCGCCGAUCGGAAAUGGGUAUACGUGCCGGUGUCAAACUGGGUGGCAAGGACGGUAUUGCGAGAAAGCACCGACGUGUCGCAAGGAGCACACCAGGGAGUAUUAUAGCGAGAACGGAUGUCGGAGUCGACGACCAGUAAAACUUGCCAAGUGUUGGGGUAGUUGUGGCAACUCUUGCUGUCUGCCGAGGAAAACGAAACGGCGCAAGGUGCGACUGAUCUGCGCCGACGGGAUGCGGUACACGAAGGACGUCGACCUGGUGCGCAAAUGCACGUGCACCCGGAAAUGCUACUAGCCAGGACCGAAACACGCCGAGCGCCACAGGUGUUCCAUAAAUAAGCGUCGAGACGUAUCGAGACCGAGAGGAAACCCCCGAGAACCGCUGAGACAGUGUCCCAAUUCGAACUUUCUACGCGCACGGGUGAUGUGGCGAGUGUCGAUCGCGGAUCCGUGGUUGCGAGUCCUCCUCGGCGCGUGACGAAGUCGUGCGGGGCCACGGGACUGCCAGGCCGAACGAAAAAGAAGAAGAAGAUGAAAAAGAAAAUAUUGAAAAAGAAAAAGAAUGGAUACACACACACACACACACUCGCAAAAGGAAGAAGAAAAGAAAAACAGCACACAGCCGGCUCAGUGUGAUAUUAUUAUUCGAAACGUGGAAAGAAAGAUAUUAUAUUGUGCGUGCGUGAGGAUCUAAAGAUGAUGAGGAGGAACUGAAGAACUACAGGGCUAGGUAUAUAUUAUAUUAAUCGACGUAUCGAUUCGACUCGAUCGGGGAGUGGAAAAUUGGUGGAGAACCACGAACAAAACGACGCAAAAACGUGUUCCCCGACCAUUACUCCCUUCGAUACGACGCGCAUGAAUCGUUCGCUCAGUGUGAAAUAGAUCUAAUAAUGGAUUACGAUCGGUGGUGGAUGGUAGUGGGUGAAGUUAAGACAAGAUCAAUUUUUGUAUUCACGAACGCUUAACGAUUGUCGAUCUCUCGGGAGAAUUUCCUUCUCCUUCGACUCGUGCCCCGCCGAGCAUCGUCGAACGGGGAGGGAAUUUUAUUAUUAUUAUUAUUAUUAUUAUUAUUAAUAUUAUAUAGCUCGAUGAAGUAACACGGCGAACAAUUUUUCGAAAAUCGAUCGUCUAGGGGGACGUUGUUGUUUCGAACCUAAAUUCUCAACCUUCGUUGUAUGUUCGGUGUCGCGCAAGCUUCGGUUUCUCGGUUUCACGAACGAGAAUUUAAUCCGAGAGAUGGGAAUUUCCGCAAUUCGAAACGUUUCCACCCCGGGAAACGGAUGAAAGCUUAGGCUAGAGCGCGGUGAGCUUGGCGCAACUAUUUUCCGUAUCCUGACUAUUUGUAAUUGUAACUAAUCGGGCGCAAAUCGACGAAUGAAAGAGAUUAAGAGAAAGCGAGCAGCGUGUGUAAAAGACAGUCGCUAAGUUAAGUAUAAGAAGAAGAAACGGUGCAAGGAGUUUUCGUGUUUCUCUGAACAAAAUUUUCCCAGUUAAUCGUGAAAACUCGACGGUUUGUUAGGUCUAUUGUCCUCUGAGUAAACGUUUGA